AUGCCAUCGCCCUUAGGGCGUCCUAUUCGAGUUGGUGUAUUCGAACACGAUCCAGAUGCAUUCAAUUGUUUCCGACUUCUACCGCAUCGAAAUUGUUCAAAACCUGGUGCUGAAAUUGAAAUAAUUCGUAUUGUUAUGGAAUUACUUGAUUGGGAAUGGGAAAUUGUGGAUACAGCAGCAGAAUUCGAUGUUAUUAACGAUUUCGGUACUCAAACACCUGAGGGGGAUUUCAGUGGAAUUAUGGGUUUACUUGCAAGGAACGCAAUUGAUAUGAGUGGACUUUCAAUGAGGAUCACUCCAGAACGUAUGCGAGUGGCUCAUUUCACAUUUCCAAUCCGAUAUUUUCAGGAAACAUAUGGAAUUAUGCUCAAACAACGGGUUAUUGAUCCUACUGCAACAUCUGCAAUGGUGCUGGAAGCGGUUCUGAUAGCUGCAAUGGUAGUAGUUAGUCAGUAUUAUCAAUCCUCAAUGAACUCAAAACUCACUGCACCGUCAACCUCAGCGAUUCCUUUUUAUCAUCAGGAUGAACUGUUAACACUUUUGGAACAGAAGAAACGUUAUUUGACCUACUACGUGAAUUUGGAAUUGGAAGGAUCAAACGAAAGGAACAUGGAACGUAUAAAAAAGAUUAUGAAGUAUAAUCCGGUGAUAACACACGAAAACGAGCACGAUCUUAUUGCGGAGAUAAACUUCAAUAAGGCAUUAACAGAAGUCCUUCCUGGUAUUCCACAAGUCACUCUUAAUGCUGGAUAUGCUAAAAAGAAAGCAGCAGAAGACAGUACAAUUCAGGCUAAAAAAACACCUUUAUCGCUCAAAUAUCAUCUGGAACAACUUUUUCUCAUUUUUAUCAUAUCAUCGUCUGCUUCAAUUGUUAUUUUUAUAGCUGAAUUAAUUGUAUUUCGUGGAAAACGAUAUUUUCAUAGAAAAUCCUACAGAAUGCGACGUUCACAAAAUCACCUUGAUCCACCUGUCUCAUUCAUUCAAAUGUCAGAGCUCUAA